GCCCAGUCAGGGAGGUGUAUUGCGGAAAACUCGACGUGUUAAAAUGGCAAGAACCAAGCAAACAGCACGUAAAUCAACUGGUGGCAAAGCCCCAAGGAAGCAGCUCGCUACCAAGGCUGCGCGUAAAAGCGCACCAGCUACCGGUGGCGUGAAGAAGCCCCAUCGUUACAGGCCCGGUACCGUGGCUCUGAGAGAGAUCCGUCGUUACCAGAAGUCCACUGAGCUGCUAAUCCGCAAGCUGCCCUUCCAGCGUCUGGUCAGAGAGAUCGCUCAGGACUUCAAGACCGAUCUGCGCUUCCAGAGCUCUGCCGUCAUGGCUCUUCAGGAGGCCAGCGAGGCUUACCUGGUCGGUCUGUUCGAGGACACCAACCUGUGCGCCAUCCACGCCAAGAGGGUCACCAUCAUGCCCAAGGACAUCCAGCUGGCCCGUCGCAUCCGUGGGGAAGCGUGCUUAAGUUCAUUCUUCACUCCAGAAAUCAAAAGGCUCUUUUAA